AUUGUGAUUAAUUGGCGCUUGAGGCUUCUUGGUAUGUUGAAAGGGUGAUAGCCACUGGGAUUGCUAAACCACCCAGCUGAGGAAUUAAAGUGAAGAAAAAUGGCUGCAAAACUUUUACAUUCACUAACAGAUGACAACCCAGAUCUGCAAAAGCAAAUAGGAUGCAUGACAGGUGUUUUUCAGCUCUUCGACCGCCACAAUAUGGUUGCCGGAAGGCGGUUUUCCUGCCACAGCCCCAAGAGACUCCCACCUGGUAGUCCGCAAUUUGACAAUGGAACACCUGAAAGUGAGUCAAGUAGCUCAUACCAACGACCAUACAUUGUGGAAAAACAUACAAACAAGAUUGUUCAAGAUAAGCACAGGGCGUCAACAGAAUCAUCUCGAGACUCUUUCUCAUCGAUGUCUCGUUCGUCUUCUUUCUCUUCUUUGGAUAAUGUUAAUCGAACAACUCAUCCGGAACCAGACCAUCUUGUGUUUCCGGAAACUCCUUCACGGGAUUCCGGAAUACGCCAAUCGUGUGGCUCUCAGAUGAGUCGUCAAGGUCUUGACCUUCGAGAUGUGGUCAAGGACUCAAUGUACCGAGAAGUUCGAGGCUUCUCGCAUAAAUCUUUAACCAAAGAUGAGGCACCCGAGCAUUUGGUGAACUAUAGAGAGUCAAAUGAUGCUCAUUGGUAUUAUAACGAACCUAUAGAGCUUUCUAGAUCAAAAUCUUACCAAUUUAGAGAUGGGUCGUCGUUUUCAGUACCGAAAGAUUGCCCUCGGUUUUCUUACGAUGGGCGGGAAACGAAUCGUUUGUCGUUUCAAUCACGAGAUAAUGCAAAAACAAUGACCUCAAAGCAGCUGGAAGAGCUGCCGAGACUUUCUUUAGACAGCAGAGAGAGUUCUACACGUAGUCUCAACUCUUUUUCAAGAAACCCGAAAACUGAUAGUGUCAUUUCUGUUGACCGAGGUCCGAUUCAAGCCCGUCCGCCUAGUGUUGUAGCCAAGUUGAUGGGCUUGGAAACUUUGCCCGAUUCUGGGUCAGCCAGCCACAAAGAAUCAGUUGUCGGCCCAAUCAGAACAGGCCCAGCCGAGGAUGGUAAUUCAUUGUCGAAAUCUUCCCAAGCAACCGAUUUUUUUGGACCAAUCAAAAUGCAGAAUUCUGCAAGAAGCUCACUGAGGGAACCAACAUCACCAUGCUGGAAGAAUUCAGGCAUGAAGCCGAUUUCUAGAUUUCCAAUGGAACCAGCACCAUGGAAACAACGGGAUGGUGCUCGAAGUCCUCAGAAGCCCGGUUCUCGAGGUAUGAAAUCUCCAACCAAGAUUCAUAGCCAGUAUUCUUCGGUUUACAGUGAAGUUGAUAAAAGACUGAAGCAUCUUGAAUUUACUGAAUCCGGGAAGGAUCUUAGAGCUCUUAAACGGAUAUUAGAAGCAAUGCAGUCAAUGGAAGCCAGGAAGGAAGGUACACAUAUGGUCAAAAGACAUUCAAUCACCACUCAAAAUGAACGGUUUUUAGGCGGUGGUGGAAGAUUGUCGGGAGAUCACCAAAACCCACCAUCGGUCACUAGGGGAUCGAAUCAUUUGAGGGCUUAUGAGUCCCCAAUUGUCAUCAUGAAACCAGCAAAACUUGUGGAAAGAUCUGGUAUGGGUGGUUCAUCGGUAAUGCACAUUGAAGAAUUCCCGAUUGAUACCAGAAAGAUUUUCACAAAUAGUAAAACGGAAAGAGACCCGAAUCCUAAAAGUGCACGUGGACAAACUGCCGCCAAUAUCACCGACAUGAAAUCCGGAGGAAGACAUACAAGAACUCCACCAGUUUCAACAAAGCAACAACAGUUUGCCAAAGAAAACACUUCAGGAAAGAGCUUGGGAUCUAUCAGCCCGAGAUUACAAUCGAAGCGGCUUGAGUUAGAGCGGAGAUCUCGGCCGCCCACACCGCCGCCGGAAUCUGGUAAAUCCAGAAAACCGCCAUCCAAGCAGCUGUCGGAGUUGAGUUCCCCUGGCGGAAGAAGGCGGCCAAAAUAUUCAAACAUUCAGCAAAAUGAUGAUCAAUUCCGUGAGGUCGGUAGCGAAUCUAAGAAGCUUAGUUACAGAGAAACUCAAGAAUUUAACUAUGAUAUGGUCUCAAAGAUAGAUACAGUGGUCAACUCUCCGGAACUUUCUGAAGAAAUUGAUAACAGGCAGAGUCCUAGCUCAAUACAAGAGAAAUCAAGUUUGCUGUUGAGGGAGGAUGAAUCAGUUGAUCCGGAAUAUCCAAGUCCAGUUUCUGUUCUUGAUGAUGCAGUCUAUAUGGAUGAUUCCCCUUCACCUGUGAAACAUAUGCUGAAGACACUGAAAGAUGAUGCUACUCAAGGCCCCAACGAGAAAUUCGUUAAAGAUCAAUGGGAAGCACAAGACGAUGACUCAAUAUCUUUAAGUGUUACUUCUGAGAUUAACCGCAAAAAGCUACAAAACAUCGAGCAUUUGGUUCAAAAGCUUACACGCCUCAACUCCAGUCACGACGAAGCACACACCGAUUACAUUGCAUCUCUCUGCGAAAACACAAAGCCCGACGACCGCUAUAUUUCCGAGAUCCUCUUAGCUUCCGGGCUCCUUCUUAGAGACCUCGGAUCAAGCCUCACAACUUUCCAGUUUCACUCUUCCGGCCAUCCAAUUAACCCCGAGUUAUUUCUUGUUUUGGAACAAACCAAAUUCCGCAAUCUCCAAAAACAAGAUCCUGAUACACCUGAAAAGCUGCUCAAAAAGGAAAAAUUCCAUAGGAAGCUUAUUUUUGAUACUGUUAACGAGAUUCUUGCAGGGAAGUUGGCUUUAGUUGUACCCUCUAUCGAGAAAUGGUCACGAAAGCCGUUUAAGCUCACCAAGAAGACAUUAAAUGCGCAAAAGCUUCUGAGGGAAUUGUGUUUCGAGAUAGAACAGCUGCAAAUUGGGAAGAAGAGAGAAUCUAUCUGUUUGGAGGAGGAAGAUGAUGGCAUGAAAAGCGUUGUGUGGGAAGAAGUAUUGAAUAGUGAAGAAAGUUGGACGGAUUAUGAUGAUGAACUACCGGUUAUCGCAUUGGAGGUCGAGCGAUUGAUCUUCAAAGAUUUGGUUAAUGAAGUUGUUUUGGGGGAGGCUUUUGAUGGUAGGCGAAUAAAGCCCGGAAGACGAUGCAGACAGUUGUUCUCGAAGUAGCGGGUUUUUUACAUCGUGUUUCGUGGUUCGGAAAUUCCGUUUUCGUGUUCGGCUUUUUGUCUCGGAUAGUUUCUCGAUCGUUUUAUGUGUAUGUAAAAGGGUAAGAAUCUUAUGCUAUUUAACUGUAAGUGAAGGGGGGUGUGACUCCCUUUUGUAUCAAUUUGAAGGCAAAUAACAUGAUUUCACAGUUCAAGUUGUCAAAAUGUGAUGGUUUUUGAAGAACAUUGUGUUCAUGAUC